ACCUUGACCUUUGGACCUGGAGCUUGGUAUUUCCAUUCCUUGCUCCCGAUCGUUCGUCCCGGUUUGAUCCUGACAUCAUUUCUGGGUAUCUCCCAGUGUGUGCUCGCUGCCGUGAUUCUGGUGACCUUUUUCUUCGCGUCCGCCAUGAAUCCAGGGAUUAUCCCAAGGAAUGAAAGCAUUCCGCAGGAAUUAGAGCAACAGAUGGAUUUAAGAGGUGUACCUCGACAUCGCUUUUUGAAGAUCAGCGAGAUCACCAUCAAACAGUUUUGUGCCACGUGCAACAUCUUCAGACCACCACGUUCAAAGCAUUGCUCCUUCUGUGACAAUUGCAUUUUGCGCUUCGAUCACCACUGCACGUGGUUGGGAAAUUGUGUGGGAUUGUACAACUACCGCUAUUUUGUGGUUCUGAUCUACUCCUCCACGAUUUUUCUCAUGCAGUGCCUGUAUGUGACCGUGUGCCACUUCGGACAGGAGGCAGAUGAUACCUUCGGCCCUGACUAUGGCUUCCUAGAUGUGCUCUGGGUGCUGUCGGAGGAUACCUCCACGGUGUUCUUCUUCUUGUACUGUCUUUUUCUGAUGUUUGCUGUGUUAUUGCUGGCCGUGUACCACACCGUGAUUUCCUUGCAGAAUUUGACCACCAAUGAGCACGUCAAGAACUACUACAGGGAAGGCCAAAACCCAUUUGAUUAUGGCGGGCUCAAAAACUGCCAGCAGAUCUACUGUUUCCCAGAGAAUCUCGUCUGCAGAUCCAUGAUCCAACACGAUCCAACCUGCUAA